CUCUGCCUUGGGGUGGUCUUGCAUACCAUCUAGUCUCUUUCAUUUCUUUCCCUAUACCGCUAAAUCAUGCAUGAUCCCGACAAAGGCCUCAAAGAAGAAGAUUCACAAGAUCUCUCGAGGGACGUCGAUAGAGACAAGGAGAAAGAGAAGGAAAAGGACAAGAAUUCGAAGUCAAAGGGUGCUGCAAAGACCAAGGACCUGUCCCAUGUUCCCUGCAAAUUUUUCAAGGUGGGAUCCUGUACCGCCGGCUCUUCUUGUCCCUUCUCGCAUACUGUUUUGGAACCCGGCCAACCGAAGGAGGUAUGCGCUUGGUUUGUGAAAGGGAACUGCAAAUUCGGGCACAAGUGCGCCUUGGCACAUGUUCUUCCUGGUCAGAGCAUGUCGAUGGACAGGAAGAACAAGAAAGCGGCUCAGGCCGCAGCUAGCGCAGGGAACUCGUCAGGACGCGAAGGACAUAGAUCUGGUCGAUCUCAGAAGAGCGGCGGACAAGGCUCGCAGAACAGCAGCUCAGGUUCUCGUGGCUCUUUGCUCUCCGGCUCAACUGCACCAACACGUUCCCUCUCGUCUUCGCGUUCAGGGAUACCAAUGCCCCUCAAAGCUACGCUGUCCCCGUCUGCCCCCGCUCCCCCCGUUCAAAACACAGAUUUUGCGUCGUUUGGCCUACCUGACGAGAGUAACAAGCUCCCCAGCGCCCCCGCCCA